UUUAACGCCAAAUUUAUAAAGUGGUAACAUGGCUAAAAAAUCGUAACGUGUAAGAGCCUGACACGAGUCAAACAGCUGAUCACUUUGGACGCGAGUGCUUUUCCGAUGAAUUAAUAAAUAUUUCCGUUAAAAUGAGCCUGUAAGGCAAUUCAGAAAACUAAAAAACUAAUGCGACGCAUUUAUACAACAGCCAAGGCCCAAAUAAUGUCGAAAAACAAAGGAAAAGGGAAAGCAACGGCCUCUGCCGCUGCGACAACCCCACCUGCCGCUAACACGCCGGUCACACUGGACAAGAGCGGCAACAUUGUCAUCAAAAUUCUGGCGAAGCCGGGCGCAAAGCAGAAUGGCAUCACGGACAUUGGCCUGGACGGCGUCGGCGUCCAGAUUGCCGCGCCGCCCAGCGAGGGAGAAGCCAACGCUGAACUAGUCAAAUUUCUGUCCAAAGUAUUGGGACUGCGCAAAAGCGACGUCUCACUUGACAAGGGCUCCCGUUCCCGCAACAAAAUAGUGCUCGUCAGCAAGGGCGCAUCCACAGUGGAAGCCAUAGAACAAUCGCUGCGAAAGGAAUGCGAAUCUUAGGCGUAAUAACAUUAAAAUCUGUAUUUGGUAAUUAAUAAACUAUUUUAAUUUUUAAA